CACCAGUACUGAAAUAAAACUUAUAUUUUAAGCGUUGCUUUUAUUCUGGAUGAGGAGCUCCCGGAUUUGAAUUUAGUGGGCAUCAGUCUCUUGUGCGGGCCGUCGGUCGGCACAAAUCGACGGCCCGAAUCCACCCCCCAAAGUAAGCACCUACCCAAAAAAACCGUACGAAAAUUACCACCCAAAAUACACGAGGUCCGCACGAAACUGUGGUGCGCCAACCCCCCUCGGCUCUCCGGCUACGCUCGCAAAUGGACAGAAAACCGUUCUUACCCAUUACCAUCAUCAUCAUCAUGAUCAUCAACACCAAGACAAUCACUGCGAGGUGCGUUUGUGAUUGUGACCGCGUGUGAAUCUCUCUCUCUCUCUCACUCUCUUCACUCCUCAGCGUGUGGCUCUCAAAAGUGUGUGUAUGUGUGUGUGCGUUGUGUAUGCGUGUGAUGCAAUUACGUGCGGUUGUAUAACUCUUCCGAAAGCCAUACAACAACACCGCACCAACAGCCACACAACCCUGGCUGCACACUUGGAACGGAUUUAUCUAAAGUUUCUAUCUGUAAAACUUAGAGUUAUAGAAUUUGACCUAUUUUCGACGAUAGUUAUUAUUUUUUUUUUCUGGCCAUUGGCGUUUUUCCCGUACUUCCCCAACACGUGGUUCGUAGUGAGUGAUUCAAAAUUGCUGCCAUGGGUCGUAAAAAAAUACAAAUAUCCAGGAUUACGGAUGAACGAAAUCGGCAGGUGACUUUCAACAAGAGGAAAUUUGGUGUGAUGAAGAAGGCCUACGAGCUGUCGGUGCUCUGCGAUUGCGAGAUUGCCCUGAUCAUAUUCAGCAGCAGCAACAAACUAUACCAGUAUGCCAGUACCGACAUGGACAAGGUUCUGCUCAAGUACACGGAGUACAAUGAGCCGCACGAGUCCCUCACCAACAAGAACAUUAUCGAGGCACUUAAUAAGAAGGAGCAUAAGAACGGAGUGAUGAGUCCUGACAGCCCGGAACCGGAAACCGAGUACCAGUUGACGCCACGCACCGAAGCCAAGUACAGCAAAAUCGACGAGGAGUUCCAAAUGAUGUUACAACGCAACCAAAUGAACGGACAACAAAGGAUCAGCAUGAGCACUAAUAAUUAUACUCAGCCCGUGAACAUAACAUAUGGAGACGCUGGGGGGAAUCUACUUCAGUCUAGUCCACAAAUGGCUCACACAAGCAUUAGCCCGAGACCAUCCUCUUCUGAAGCCGACACAGCUUAUCCGAGUGGUGCGAUGUUGGAGAUGAGCAACGGAUAUCCGAACUCUGCGUCACCGAUGGGGGAAUCUCCGUCACCAGGACCUAGUCCAGUGCAAGGGCUAAGCUCCUCCAAGCAUGGCAAGCAGCAUUCACCUGUACCACGAUCCAACCUGCGAGUCGUCAUACCUGCGCCGCUGAGCGUAGGAACCGAUGAUGGACAAUACGGCGAGUGGUCUGCUUUACAGACACCUGUAUUGGGAUACCCGCAGCUGUCAUCAUUCGUGCCGCAUGAUUUCUCCAUCGGACAGGAAAUAGGACUGAGUUCGAUGUCAUCGUGGACAAGUUCGAAUUUGGCGCACAGCAGCGGUCUGCACCUCAACAUGCCCAGCUCGCCGACGCUCUCGUCACCGCAUCCCGUCAAAAUCAAGAGCGAGCCGAUAUCGCCGCCCCGCGAACACCACCUGCACCCACCGCUUUCGCAUACCAUCAACUUGAGCCACGGCCACCAUCCCAGGCCCAACUCGGCCGGCGGUCAGCUGGCAAUGACUCCGCCAAACGUAUCAUCUCCGACAGGAGGCGGCGGCGGUGGUGGAGGAGGUGGCGGCAACGGCGGAGGAGGUCCGCCUACUUCCGAUUACGACAACGGGCCCAUGCUGAAGCGGUCACGUCUCUCAGAUUGGCCCUCGUAGACCUACCAUAUCAGGAACACUGUUUCAGUGCCAUAGUGAUAGCGGAGUGAAUUUGGUUCCCAAAUGCGAUUCUAUUGCCAAUUGUCAUCCAUGUGAUAAACUUCGAGUCUACAGAAAUGAUAAAAAAAAAAACAACAAAAUAAAACAAAAAAAAUUCAUAAAUAUUAUAUAA